AGUUUUAGAAUUUUUACGACAGAAUAAGGGUCAGGAUGUUCUUCCUACUAUGAAAUCUUCCACAUUUAUGAGGCGAACUGUAAUUCGCGAAGAAAUGCAACAGAACUUGGUAGGGUUUCGAAGGAUCCCGUCAAUUUUACCACGCUUGUUUGAUAUUAAGGGAAUGAUUGUUGAAGACUUCAAUUCGAGACAUCCAAGGCUUAGUCUUGUGAUGUAUGAGCGGUGGCCGAAAGCCUCGAAAUUGCUCCUCACCUAUGCAGAGGAAAGUGGCGUUGAUUACCAAAAAAAAUUGGAUAUUCGAAAGCCAAGGUGUGACUUAACUGGGGAUGACAUAGCAUUGAUUGCGUUCAGCCUCCUGCCACAUAUUCUCCCAUCCUGUGCUCGUAAAAUAAACCCUGCGCCCACUGGGGACAAUAAUAUUAGUCAGUCGGACAGCGGUCCUAAGCCAAAGCGAGUUAAGAGAUCAAUAAAAGCAACAGAUUUGGAUGCUCGGAAUAGCUUGAUAAUAUUUAGAUCUAAAAAUACGCAUGUCGCGGAAGUCCUGAGUGAGAAUAAGAAUGUUGCCCCCCUCAUACUGGCUCUUGGUUCUACAUACGAUUUAAGGAUUGAGUCUUACUUCGUAAUUUUAGAUAGGAUGGCUAUCCCUUGUGGGGAUAGUUUCUUUGUAGCCUUAGAUACAUGCAUUAAAAGCUUUAGUGUUUUCUACCUGCCCCCUCCGGUUGAAGCAAAAAAUGUAUGGUUAUUUUUGUUACACGGUAUAGCUGGAAAACCCUGCGAUAACUCAACAUUAACCCCGGUUGUGCAAGCUCUAAUCGGCCAAAUAAUGCCCAGGUUGUAAUUUUAACUAGUAAAUUAUAUUUUAUUAGUGAAAUUUUUAAUUGUUGCAAUAUUUUAAGCAAUACUGUU